CUCAGUGUACAUCGUGCGUGUUCAUCUUCUCCUGCUGUUGCCCAGCCCGCACCUGUCCGGCCAGUGCAGGGGGCGGGAGAUUGGUCUUCCUUUUAUGGUCUCCGCUUCCUUCCUGGGAGCUUCAUUUGGCUGAGGCGAGGAGGAAGCAGCGCACCACCAUCCGACUGUCCUCCACUCCACAGAGGCUGCGGCGCGCCACGCUCAGCCUGUAGCUUGCUGGAGCCGCAAUGUUUUAUCCCUAAAACUGAGAAUGACAACUAUGAAAUCAUAGUCGUGAUCGCUGGAGACGGACCAUUCUUUAUUUCCUCUUUUAGUCUUUUUUUUCUUUUGCUUGUUUCCGUCGCCCAUCAGUCUGUGGAAUGAUCUGCCUUUUCUCCCCUGGGUCGUUUCCACUUCAGCAUGGGAACUGCGGUGUCCAAAAGGAAGACUAUCAAGAGUGAUGCGUUAUCAUCCGUCGCCGCAAAAGUUAGAGCAGCCAGAGCAUUUGGAGAAUACCUGUCCAAUACCAAUCCAGAAAACAGCAACGGAGCAGAUCAUUUAUUGUCUGACACCUUCCCUGGCCAGGACUGCGACCCUCCAGACGUCAGCCGCUUGCAUAGCAACAAUCAGCCACCACAGCGCUGUGGUUUGCCUGUAGAUAAACCCAACCAGUCCAGCCAGUCUAAUUCCAGUGUUCAUUCACAGUCUCAGCCUCUGGUCAACACCAUCCAGGCUCCAGCACCUUUGGGCCCAUCCAAACGUAGACUCUCUGUUGAGCACAGCCUCUCUGUAGAGGAUCCACAAGGUGCCAGAGGCCCAGAGGGGGGUGUGGCAGCAAAGCCAGCCAGAGUGUACACAAUCACCAGGGAGGGAGGGAUGACCCUGGGGGGCCAGAGCAGCAACGAAAGCCUGGAACUGGAGGUGCUGAAGGGAUCCAGGGAGCAGCCCAUUUCCCAGGCCCCAGCCAGUGCCGACCACAACCCAUCCUGCAGUAUUCAACAGUCCAUCACAGGUGCACACAGCAGCCAUCAUCAUAGUAGCCAUCAUCGCAGCAACCAUCACCAUGCCCACCAGCACCACGGAGGCCCGCCAUCAUCGCAGCCGCUACAAAACUCGGGGAGCACCAAUAACUUCCGGGAGUGGGGGAUAAGGAGAGGGGGGUCACGGGACGACUACACUCCAGACUGCGUGACCUGCAUUCGGGCUCCGUGUCAAAGCCAGCGUUCCCUUGACCUGGAUACCUCACCACGGGAUGGAGGAAAGCAUCGCAAGAAACUGGAGAGGAUGUACAGCGAGGACAGAGCCUCUGCUGAUGACAGGGAGGGCAAUCCUAAUAGUUGGUUCCCCAAAGAGAAUAUGUUCAGCUUUCACACAGCCACCACCACCAUGCAGGCAAUAUCGGCUUUUCGAGGCAUUGCUGAGAGAAAGAGACGGAAAAGAGAGCAGGAGGCAGCCACCGUGAUGGAGAGAAAUUUCCGCAAACACCUCAGAAUGGUGGGCAGCCGCAGGAUGAAGGCCCAAACCUUCACCGACCGCCAAACCAAGAGCUUCAGUCGCUCGUGGAGUGACCCCACCCCUGUCAAGCCUGAAUCACUGCAUGACUCCAGAGACAGUGGUGAGCUUCAGACCUCCUCAGGGACGUUAGAUGAAGGGCUGGAUGAGGAUGCAGAGUGGGAGGAGGAGAGGGAGAUGGAGAGAGUGGCCUGUGAAGGAGAGGACUUCAUCCCACCGAAAAUCAUGCUGAUAUCCUCCAAGGUCCCUAAGGCUGAAUAUGUCCCCAACAUCAUCCGCAGGGAUGACCCCUCCAUCAUCCCCAUUCUUUAUGACCAUGAACAUGCCACAUUUGAUGACAUCCUUGAGGAGAUUGAGAAGAAGCUGACAGCUUACAGGAAAGGCUGUAAAAUCUGGAACAUGCUCAUUUUCUGCCAGGGAGGCCCAGGACAUCUGUACCUGCUGAAGAAUAAAGUCGCCACCUUUGCCAAGGUGGAGAAGGAGGAAGACAUGAUCCAGUUCUGGCGGCAGCUCAGCAGACUCAUGAGCAAGCUGAACCCACAGCCCAACCUCAUCCACAUUAUGGGUUGCUAUGUGUUGGGGAGCGCUAACGGAGAAAAGCUGAUUCAGACUCUGAAGAGACUGAUGAGACCCUCCUCAGUCGAAUUCAAGUCCCCAUUAGAGCUGUCUGCACAGGGCAAAGAGAUGAUUGAGAUGUACUUUGACUUCCGUCUGUUCCGCCUGUGGAAAAGCCGUCAGCACUCAAAGAUGCUAGACUAUGACGACCUCCUGUGAUUGUCACUUUCUACUGGCGUCUUGAAUGAUUAUCUCAUGUCUGAGCCUACUGGUGUAUGCUGGCAGGGCGUUUGGUUGAAGAGCCCUGCAGAGGCACCUAGACCGGCUCUAAGGAAGAACUGGACCAGCAGCAGUUGGGUCUUUCUUCCUUCUGAAGCAACAGGGUGACCCUGUAGAUUCAGCCAGUGGUGUACGUUUUCUCCCAUAUCCAGUUUAACUUUCCGCCUAUAUAUCUGAGAAAUGAGAAGGAGAGGGACAAGAAAAAGGAGGGGUGAGGACUCUUGAUCUUAUCCCGAAUGUGUCAGAUGCUGCUGACUAGAGUUAGACUCCUGAGUUCAGAGAGGAUGUCAGAUAAGAGCGACAGCAGAGACUGAGCUUUGAGGCUAUUAGCCAGCCUUUCUGCUCCUUUAAGAUUGAGGUAUUUUCUUUGUCAAGUGGGGAAGUUAUUUGCAAGGAAUUAGAAUGUAUAUGUAAAUACAUAAAAGCAAAUGCUUACUUAAGCAUUAGAGAAUAGAUUUCCAGCUUCUUUCUCCAUGCUUUCACGUGAAACUCAAAACAUUUAAUUAGUUUUAAAAAAAAUUAGAGGUGUCUAUUUAACACUGCUUUCUCUUUUAAAAAGAUUAGAAUAAAUGUUUUAGUAUUUCAUACAGACUGUUUUAUUAACUCAGGUUACAUCCCUUGUUUGAUACUAAGAACUGUACUCACUGUUCGCAAAAUACUGUAGAAUACUGUAGAAUCCAAGGCCUUCGUACUCCUCACAGAGCCAUCUUCACUGGAACGCUAUUAGCGUUGUGAGGUGGGGAGAGGGGGCAUUUAAGCUAUAUUUUCAUAGUGUUUUAAGUCAACUGUAGCUGAACAGAGAGCUGUGUUGAUGCAUGUUGAUAGCAUUACUGCGAUAAACUUGAACCCGCUGAGCUAAUACCAGCUAUUCUUUCUUGAGCUGCUGGUUCACGGGUGCUUACUUUAGCAGUAUCUUUAUAAGAGUAGACAAAAAUACAUAAUGUAAUGCAUACUGGACUUUAUAUUUGGACACUUGAUUUACACACACUGGGCCUCAUGGAAGAACAUUUUACUUAUCUUAUCCUACAUUUCUCUUUUUUCUUCUAAAGUCAAAUUCAGCUAGCAUAAAUCACUCCUUUCAGACUGAUGAACACCAGUUGUUCACGAGGAGUUGUGUGUUUGUGAAAUUUGAUCAUUAACAUAACGAACCCUAAAAUUGCCAUACAUACAGCUGCCUCUUCAUCUUCCUUUGUGGGGAAAUCUUUACAAAAUCAUAUUCAAGAAUAAUAAAAAGGUUUAAAAAUCUAAGCAAUUUUACAGUCAGUGGUCAUAUUAGUGACAUGUCAUCAGAACAGCAAGUUAGAUGUUAAAAACCAUCUUUCUAAAACAAAGCUGUCUGUAACUAACAUGUAAGGGGGUCAGCUGAUGACACUUACUGAGAUAUUAAAGUAGAGAAUAUUCCUGCCUACAGCGUGUGAUGUUACAUUGCAGCUGAAGCGGAGGAUGAUACUGGACAGAGCACUGCAGAAAGACUUUCAUAUAGUGUUUGAUAUGUACUGCAUAUUUUUACAUGGAAUUAUCUUUAGUUUCAUAUUUAACUUCCAAUUAAUUCAGAUGAAGCAGCAAAGUCAAACCAGUGUGGUUUCCCCCAUGAAGAAAAUCAGUCUCUCUGCUCUUGACUCUACAGCAACAUGAAUUUCAUUUCUACUUAAUGAAAAUUCAAAGUAUGAAAAAAAUGGAUUAUCUUGAAUCUCUCAUACAGUAUGUGUGACUUAGGAACUAAUCUGCUCUUACAGCUGGAUGUUGUGUGAGGCCUAAUGUCUGGAGUCAGUUUGAAUUUCCUGUUUAAAACAACUUGAAUCACUCGAAGUAGCACUAGAGUGGUAGAGGUGAUACUUUAUCUUUGCUUCUUCUCAGCACCUGAUUGUUUUGUGUUAAUAUACUCUUAAAAUCAAUAGUUUAGACAUUUUGGUCGGUAUCACAAGGUGAGGGUCUGUGUCUUAAAAUGCACUUCUUCUCUCAUUUUUGACGUUAAUAUCCAUUAUACACCAUCAAAGCAUUUUAGAUGGCUGUAAAUGGCAUUUAAUUUGUAUUAACAUUAUAAAAAAGAUAACUCCAGAGAUUUAGUAUUGUACAUCCAUGGGAGAUUUGCAAGCGACAUGAUAAAAAAGUGAAAAAAGAUUGUCAGAGUUGAAGCAACAGAUGCAGAAAUGUCCUGACUUUUAAUCUAUAAUGUGGGUUAUACAGUGGUGUGAAAAAGUGUUUGCCCCCUUACUGAUUUCUUUUCUUUUUGCA